AUGUUGAGACCCACAGGGCAGUCAAAUAAGUUUUCUGUGGAAUCUCCUCAACAGAUGAUGGGCACAAAUUUCUGUCAGCUCCUGAUUCCUGUUUACACUGACAGAGUUCUCUCAAAGACCAAUAUAAAAGGCAGCCCAGUUCCCAUCUGUGCCAUCCACUUCUCUUGCCUUCUCUUCGUUGGAAACCAGGUGCACCUCCAGUCCCAAGUCAUGUCCUGCUACACCCAGUGUGUGCCAUGCCGGCCCUGCGGCCCGACCCCUCUGGCCAGCAGCUGCAAUGAGCCCUGUGUCAGGCAGUGCCAGAACUCCACCAUCGUCAUUGAGCCCUCUCCCGUGGUGGUGACCCUGCCCGGACCCAUCCUCAGCUCCUUCCCACAGAACACCGUUGUGGGCUCCUCCACCUCUGCUGCUGUUGGCCGCAUCCUCAGCUCUGAGGGCGUGCCCAUCACCUCGGGGGGCUUUGACUUGUCCGGCUUGGGCAGCCGCUCCUGUGGCAGAAGGUGCCCGCCCUGCUGA